AUGAGGAGAGGAGCCACCACCAAAUUGCUGGGUAUACAGUCGCAUUUUUUCUUCCCGGUGAUGCGCGGAGAAACUGUUACAUCUGCCAGCAUCUUCAAUCCUCAUGAAUAUAUUGGCGGUACUCUGGUGGCCAUUGCUGGUAACGAUUUUGCUACAAUUGCAUGUGAUACGCGCUUGACCAACGAUUUCAAUAUCCGGAAGAUGCGCAGCCAGAGCAAACUAUUUGAUGUUUCACCACAAACAGUUCUGGGAUCGGUUGGUUGUCGGUGCGAUACUCUAGCUCUUGUCUCUUUGGUACGCAGUUUCUCGCUCAAGUAUGAACUGGAUAACUUAAUGCCCGUUUGCCCCGAUUCGUUGGCCAGUAUGCUAACACGUACCAAGCUUACACGCCAGUACUUUGUGUCCACUGUGGUUACUGGCAUUGAUUCCAAAGGUCUGGGAGCUGUAUAUUUCAAUGAUCCAAUUGGAAAUUAUCUACGUUUACCCUAUCAUAUUUCUGGAACUGGUGGACGCAUAAUAUUGCCUACUUUGAACUGGUUCGAAGGUAAUGAGGAGGAUCAUAUGAAUGCUAUAACAACAUCGCUGACUGUGGAUAAAACUGUGCAAAUCUCAAUGGAGGCAUUCAGGGCAGCUCGCGACUGUGACAGUUUUACAGGGAAUUGUAUGUUUAUAAAUAUUAUUACCAGAGAGGGCGUUCAGUUCAAACAGCUGCCCCUGCCUUAG